AUGCAGAUCUUCGUCAAGACGCUGACGGGGAAGACGAUCACGCUCGAGGUCGAGAGCAGCGACACCAUCGGCCACGUCAAGGCCAAGAUCCAGGACAAGGAAGGCGUCCCGCCGGACCAGCAGCGUCUCAUCUUCGCCGGAAAGCAGCUGGAGGAUGGCCGCACCCUGGCCGACUACAACAUCCAGAAGGAGUCCACCCUUCACCUGGUGCUCCGCCUCCGCGGCGGCAGCAAGAGCUUCAAAUUCAACAUCCCACCCAACCUCCUCGUGCUCGCGCGCAAGUACAAGGAGAACAAGCUGAUCUGCCGCAGGUGCUAUGCUCGGCUUCCCCUCAGGUCUACCAACUGUCGCAAGAAGAAGUGCGGUCACAACAAUGAGUUGAGGGAAAAGCACAAGUUUGUCUCCAAGUAUGGUAUUGAUAAGUAUGAUUAG